UUUCCCCUCUGUUUAUUUUUGGGUAAAAACAAAUAAAAGAAAAAUAAAUCCGCAACAGUUGGGAAAAAAAAAGUGCGAUGCAGGUGAUGAUGCUCUAUCCAAAAGACUUGGCGUGUUGGUGAAACCAGCCUCACCAAAGUUCCUAAAAGCAGAGAGAGAAAGAGAAAGAGAGAGAUUUUUUUUUACAAAACGAACAAGAGUGCAAAUCCAUUUCGCCAUUUUCACUCAUUUCACACCAAAAUCAAUGAACUUCUAACUAGAAAAGAUUCAAAAUGAGUUGGAACCCGCACAUGGAAGUUCAUUACAAUAACAUCAGCUAUCCUUAUAAUACAGCAGGAAGCUUUAUUGAAUAUUUUGAAGGCCUCACUUAUGAACAUGUUAACUUCAUUUUUUCCGGUGCAUCACAUGCUCAGGAGAGUCCGUACCCUUCAAAUUCAAACUUCUACAAAUUUGGAUUAUCAGAGCCUGAGAAUAAUUCAUACUAUCGCUACAAUCAUGGAUAUGAGAUAAAUCAGCAUGAACCACUAGUGGAUGAGUAUAGGAGGCCUUCAGAAAACUCCUCAACGAUCAGUGAACCAAGUCUGGCAGUCAGCACAGAAUGGGGCGAUGACAGGAACACUGAAGUUCAAGACAAUUCUAUUGAAUGCCCUCGAAGACAUCAUAGUAAUUCCAAUGAUUCUCAGGUCAUUUGGCAAGACAAUAUUGAUCCCGACAACAUGACCUAUGAGGAAUUACUUGAAUUAGGUGAGGCUGUUGGAACUCAAAGCCGUGGUCUCACCCAAGAACAGAUCGCCUUGCUUCCAGUUUCAAAGUUCAAGUGUGGGUUCUUCUUGAGGAAGAAGUCCCGGGAUGAGAGAUGCGUGAUUUGCCAGAUGGAAUAUAAAAGAGGCAACAAGAGGAUCACUUUACCAUGUAAACAUGUUUAUCAUGCUACUUGUGGGAACAAAUGGCUUAGCAUUAAUAAGGCUUGCCCUAUAUGUUAUACAGAAGUAUUUGCCGACAAAUCAAAACAAAAAUAAAGGACAAGGGAAUGUGUAGCCUGCAUAUGUUUCUGUUUCUCCUAAAGGAUGGGUUUUUUUUUUUCUCCAUAGAAAUACAUUGAUAUGUUUCUCGCAGUAAGAUAAACAAUUUCGUUGGGUUUAGUUGUAAUACAAAUAGAGUAGUAUCCCAAAGUUUUAUAAAGAAUAUGGACAUGAAACGUGAUUGUGUUGAAGCUGGAUUAUGGUUUGUUUUAUUUUACUUUUUAUACAGUGUGUUAUGAUUUCAUGUUGCUGAUA